ACAGCUCGAAAGGCAACAAAAUCGAAUGUCAAUUGUCAAACCUAUGUCAAAAUGACGAUUUAUCGGCUGAUUUCUGUGCGGUUUUACAUUGCGCGUGCGUACACCACUUGACGUGGAAAAAGACAACUACGGGAAGUCUUUAUAGACAAAUCUACGUCCAUUAUUUUCGCGAGAAGCAAAACCGUUAAAUUUACUGAUUUACUUAAACACACAUCGAUCUUUGCAAUUUGAUAUCGGGUCAUUUAAAAUGUUAAUUUUACGCUUGCCACGUGUUCUACCUUUUUAGUUUUUAUUCGUUUGCCGUUUUGUCUUAACGGGUUUGCCGUCCACGUCCACCUUCUUCUGCGGAUUAAGUUACGUGUGUAUUUCGGGUAAAUACAAUAGCAGUGUUUUCAGGCGGGCUGCCAUUUUAGCGACCUUACGUCACUCCAUGUGGGCAUGGCGGUGGUCCAGCUCACCUCCGAAUCCCACUCUCAGAAAGUCCUAGACAGUCUUUAUCAGCUGAGGCUGCAGGGACACCUGAGUGACAUCACCGUACAGGUGGACUACCAGGGCCAAUCGAAAGCGUUCCAAGCUCACCGGGUGGUCCUCGCCGCUUCUAGCGGCUAUUUCAGUAACAUCUUCCUAUCCCAGGAUGGCAUCCCAGACCAAAUCCCGCUCUCCAACAUGCUACCGUGUGACUUUUUUGACUUUUUGGAGUUUGUGUACACGGGUAAGGUAGAGUUGGUCCAGACCAGAAUAGCUGAUGUGCAUGCAGCGGCCAAGCUUUUGGACUGCAAGGAGCUGGCCAGGGUUUGCAUCGAGAAUGACGUGUUUGGGUCAGAUGUGGUAGUGGAGUCAUCAAUAGAGACCGAGACAGGUACAGAGAGGUCGUCAAAGAGGUCUAAGAGGAAGACCAGCAAGGUCAAACUGAGCUUGGGUGGCCGCAGAGUCCUUCAGAAGUGUUUCCAAACAGAAGGCGAGGCAUUUAAUGCUGAAGAGGAUGACGCAAACGAGUGCUCACCCAUUUCUUCUGACUUUGAUGAGGAAACUCUGAGUCCGCUGCUGUGCUCUGCGAGUGAGGACGAGGAAGGCACGAUCUCAAAGAGGUCCUCCAAAGGGAAGUUCAGUUGCAAUGACUGCCAGAGGAUCUUCCAAUAUGAGAAGAGCUAUUUAAAACACAAAAGCACCCGCCACGGAAUCCAAGCCGACCUACUAUACCGUUGCAAAACCUGUGAGAAGACUUUCUCCAACCGCAGCAACCUGAGGAUUCACGAGAAGCAUGUACACAGCAAUGAACGGCUCUUCACCUGCGAGGUUUGCAACAAGAACUUCAAGCGCAAAAAGGACGUGGUGCGCCACCAUAAACAGGUGCAUGAAACGCAUCUGCACGAGUGUUCCGAAUGCGGCAAGCUGUUGAGCUCCAAGGGGUCACUGGUGUUACACAAGCGGACGCAUAGCGGCAUCAAGGCCUACGUCUGCUCCGAAUGUGGCGCACGUUUCACCCAGAAAUCGGCCCUCAACAUGCACCACAGGAUCCACACAGGCGAGAAGCCCUACGCCUGUGACGAGUGCGACUCCCGCUUCACCCAGAAAAGCAUGCUGGCCUAUCACAAGCGCUCCCACACGGGUGAGAAGCCCUUCAUGUGCGAGGCAUGCGGGAAGAGCUUCGCUUCAAAGGAAUAUUUGAGGUACCACGCCAACAUCCACACCGGAUCUAAGCCAUUCAAGUGCGAUCAGUGUGGGCGCGGCUUCGCCCAGAGGAACUCACUGCGGCAGCAUAUGAACGUGCACACGGGCGCACGCCCCUACGGCUGCAAGUUCUGCGAAAAACAUUUCACGCAGCUCAACGCCCUCCAGCGGCACCAGCGGAUUCACACCGGCGAGAAGCCCUACAUGUGCGGCUUGUGCCAUCGCACUUUCACUGAUCAGUCUACGCUUCGAAGGCAUACCACGACUCACGACGCCAACGCUCCAUGGAAGAACUACCUGGUGGUUCUGCAGGACAACGUGGAAGAAAAGAAAUCCAAAGAAGAAAGGAAGGCAGCGGCUCAAGAGAGAAAAAGGGUCGCCCAGAAAGCACGUAAAAGCAACGCUGCCACUGCCGCCCUCGGGUUGGACGCCAAGCAGGUCACCCUGCCACCAGAGUGGGUCGGGCCGGGGGGCAUUACCCUGGUUGGUCACGGUAACGUGGGCGGGAUCACCCUCAUCCAGACUGAGAAUCUACCCGAAGGUCAGGCGGAGACUGAGGAUGACGGCGGCACAGUCACUUUGGACGGACACUUCGCCGUUCCCGGGGAGGCCAACCCUUCCGAGAUUACCCGUUCGCUACCCACGGAUACCCCCGCCGUGUCCUCCCUGCUGGAGCAGGCUGUCUCGCAAACUAUUCUGGCUCCCGAGGGGGUAACGGAGCAGCCCGACAUUCUGACGGUGGUUGUGUCUGAGAAGAUGUGCAAGGAGGAGCAGCUAAAGCAAAAAAUGAUCGAGAAAAUAGGAGAUAAACAAAACACCAAUCCCUAAAAAAUGUAGCUAAAUCUAAGUGGACUCCACAUUUAAGAAUCUUAAUUAAUCCCAAUUUAUGGUUAUUUUAGCUGAUGAUCUUGGCCUCUUAUUCAUCUCAUGAGCAUUAAAAGCAUUUUUACAUACAUGACAUCCCUCUUUUUAAGUAUUUAGAAUAGGAAUAACAAACUUUAUGAAUGUCUCAUCAUUGUGAAGAAUAUAUAAUGUGGAUUUCACAUGACUAGAAUAGUAAAGGAAACGGCGAAUACAGUACUGCCUUGAGAUAAUCAUUUGAUGGGCUAAUCGAGUCCCGGUUAUUUUCUUACUUAAUGCCGCAAUAUGUCCUCAUUGGGCCAGUAAUUGAGGAGAAUGAAAACUUUGUCGUUGCCAUGGCGAUCGCUUUAAAUAAAAUGUGUAUUUAUUACAAUUUGGGGCAGCCCUGUAGCAAACUAAAACAUUUCCACAUUUUUGUUCUAGUUACAGAAAUAUUUACUAUAGGAUUCAUCUCAGUAUGGUUGAAUUCUUCAGUGGAACACAAAAAGUGAGAUAUUGCAUCACUUCACAAUAAAAGUGUGGAGCAAAAUAAGGACAGAAUACAACUUUAUUGUCCAACCACACGAGCACACAGAUUUUUUUUUUUUUUUUUUAAAGCUCCGGAAGAAUCUGGAUACUUUGGUGAUAGAACGGAGGCGAUACGGUUUGGGUGGGGAACAUGCUAAUUGAAGGGGCGGACAAGAUGAGAUGGCAGCUGAGCCGUCCGUUAGCAUUCGAACUGGAUAAAGUCAAAAUCAUAAAUAAAACCUGAUGGACUACAAUCAUGUCGGGAGGAAAUAAUAAAGUGGCU